CUUCAUAUUUGUAAGUACCAAGACAAUAUUAAAUAACGAACCGGUGCUGGAUUGCACGCAGAACAAAGAAAACGGCCAAGAUGCUUGGAUCAUUGGGAAUUUUUCUCUGCGUUGUUUUUUGCGCGUCGGGUCUCGCCGACAAUGUUGCCACUAAAUGCAACCUAACCGUAACCUUUCAAGGACUGGAAAUACCUGACGGGGGCUACGUACGAGCCACUAGCGGUCGGCUCAAUCAGGUAUAUUGUAACGCCUAUUGUACUGGACCUGGGGCCUCGCCUGCAUUGCAGUUCUUCUUCAAAAAGAACGGCACAAAUGACAGCCGGGUUUCGACGCUUGCUUCCAAGAGGAUAUACAGCGUCAAAACAACGUUCGACAGGAACGCCAUCCUUAACGUGCAAGACAUGGUUGAGUCCGACGCGGGUGUCUAUUACUGUAAGGGGUGGAUAAUCGGGCAAGGCUGGCAGCAACGUUACUUUAAUCUAGUCUUUGCAUGCCCCAAUAACCACAUGUUAUGCGACAAUACCAGAUGUAUCAUGGACAAGGAUGUUUGCAAUGGCGUUGAUGACUGCGAAGACAAGAAGGACGAAAGUGAUUGUGAUCCUAAAGACUGUGAUGAAGACAUGUUCGAAUGCGACGACGGACAGUGCCACAGUAAGACAAUGUUGUGCGACUACUAUCCCGACUGUCUUGAUGGUUAUGACGAGGCGCUCGAAACAUGUGGUCAACCUGAACCUGAACCUCAACCCGAACCUGAACCACAACCCGAGCCGCAUCCUGAACCUGAACCACAACCCGAACCAGAACCUCAACCUGAACCGUGCGAGGUACCGUGCAUGGACGGCACGUGCAUUUUGCAGACUCAGCUCUGUGACGGCAUUGCAGAUUGUGAGGACAGAUCAGAUGAGUUCAACUGCAGUGACAGUGACUCAGCCUGUGUUGUUUGGUGCCCGGAAGGAUACUGCUUGGAUCAGUCUGAGGUUUGCGAUGGAAUCAGAGACUGUGAUAACGGGAUUGACGAAUCAAACUGCCCUCAAAACGAAUGCGCACCAGACGAAUUUAACUGCGGAACUGGAGAUUGCAUUGCAAUUGGUUUGGUAUGCGACGGACGACCGAACUGCGUUGAUAUGACUGAUGAAUUCAACUGCCCACCAGUAACCCAGACCCCAACCACACCAACACCUACAGAACCUGAAGGCUGUGGAGAAGACAUGUUCGAAUGUGAUGACGGACAGUGCCACAGUAAGACGAUGUUGUGCGACUACUAUCCCGACUGUCUUGAUGGUUACGACGAGUCGGCCGAAACAUGUGUAACCACAACUGAGACUCCAACCACACAAACACCAACAACACAAACACCUUCAGGUUGUACCACGGACGAGUUCCAGUGCAAGAACAGCAAUUGCAUCCUUAAGUCCCAGGUGUGUAACUCGUUCCCAGACUGCUUACCGGGAGAUGAGGACGAGCUGAACUGCGAUAAUGUCGCACCUUGUUCAGAGGGAACACAGAGGUGUCCGGACAUGUCGUGUCAGUUGCGCUGUAAUGAGUAAUACUUACAGAAACCACUGAUCAGGCUAUAAAGUGACUCGACAUGUUUGUUCGCGACAUUCCAAGUUAUUCUAUUCUCUCAAAAAGUAAAGUAACGGACCAAACUAAGUUUUAGAACAAGAAAAAUAAUGAUUUUUUUGUGCAAUCUAAAACCAACACGUAAAUAUGAACAAGGAAUAUUAAAAACAAUAAAAUAAAUAACACAUUAUACUACACAAAUUUUCAAAUUUUCACCGAACUGAUUACUCCUAUACCGAAAUAUUUAUUUGAAUUAAUUACAGAACUCAAAUCGUUUUUAGGCGUCGUGUGAGCACAUCUGGUCAAUUAGUAGGUAUUUCCCUACCAUGUAUAUUUCUUUUGUAGGUGCACGUGCUUUAGAUUAUACACAGAAAAUUAGUUGAUAUUGUUAAAAAUUCAGCUUUGUUAAUUAUUUGUACUUCUUGUUCUCAGUGUGUAUUAUAUACUUCUAUUAUUUAACCUUUUCGAAUCUGAUUAAAUACAAACAUGGUAUAAGAUUGCAUAUAUUUGCUUUACUAUAAAGACUUCCUAUAUAAAAUCUUCUUUUCUCAAUUGUUCGACUUGUGACUUCAUCAGUACGGCUUCAAAGUUAUCUCCGAAUUUUAAAGACAUAAAUUUGUAUUUUCUUUGAAUCUGAAAGAAUUGUAUGCGGUUUUUUUUACUCCAAAAGGAUGCAAAAAGGGAUAUACACAACUGAGUCAACAUGUAUGUAAGCAUCAUGGGCUGGUUAUUCGUUUCUUUACAUAAUCAUGACGAAAAAAGCAAUAAAAAACGACCAAGAUGGCAAAUAUUCGUUUACAAAAUCGAACAUUUCUUGAAAAUGAUAACACCUCUGCCAUCUACAAUAUUUAUGUUUCUGUUCUAAUGAAUAAAUAUAUAUAAUACAAAUAAAUUAUAUGGUACAUUAACUUCAAUAUGUAUUUUAAAUUGCUUUAUCAAAUAAAUGAUUGUAUUGGU